AUGGACAUCACUGGAUACGCAUUCAUUGCAGGGGGAGGAAGUGGCAUCGGAAGAGCGUGCGCUCUAGGCCUGGCAAAGGACGGUGCCGCCGGCGUGCUUGUGGCGGACUUGAACAUCGAUGCGGCGCGAGCAGUUGCCACUGAAUGCAACGCAGUCGCAAGCUCACCGAACUUCGUUGUUGAGACUAUCCAGCUUGAUGUAACCCAAGAGACAUCCGUGCAGCAUGCAGUUGAGCACACGGUGAAGCUAUUUGGAAGAAUCGACUACUGCAUCAACUGCGCGGGGAUUGGGGUGGAGACCCCGCGCGACAUUUCAACGGCGGACUAUACCGAGUUCAGCCGUUUUCUCAAGAUCCAUGUCGAUGGGACAUUCCUGCUGACUCGCAUCAUGUCGGCAACCAUGCGGGUUCAGGAGCCCAAACUGAUUGGAUCCAAGGAUUCCGGCCGCGGCUCUUGUCGUGGAUCUAUUGUUAUCCUGGGCUCCGGAUCCUCUUUUGUGGCCACGCCCUCCAUGGUGCAGUAUACCACGGCUAAGCACGCCGUGCUAGGUCUGACUAAGAAUGCGGCUCUUGACAAUGCAGCCCACGGCAUCAGAGUCAACUGUCUCUGCCCCUCCUGGGCCGACACUCCCAUGGUGCAGAGAGCUAGAGAUGGCGGUGUAGAUAUAGACACCUACGUCAAGGCGCUUGUACCCCUGGGCCGUAUCGCUACUGCCGAGGAGGUGGCUGACACCGCGAUCUUUUUUGCUGGCUAUGUCUCGACCUUCCCUGCCCCUGGACUUCGUCGAACUGUGCGCCACAUUACUGGUCAUAAUGCCGAGGGUAAAGGGAUCUUCCUCAGCACUGAUGACGGUGACCACCAUCGCAUAAUUGGCGACAAACAAGCCAUUGGAAACAUUAUAUACUCGACCAAUCAGACUCCCGCUGAUUUGAACGAUGAUGCCGAUCUCAAGUAUGCAAAGGAGAACGAGCCGGGCUUGCACGUUCACAACGGCUCUGUGGCCAGGAUGAUUGAUUUUGGCCCUAACGUUCUUUCUCCAAUGCACCGGGCUGUUUCGCUGGACUACGGCGUUGUACUUGAGGGAGAGUUCAAGCUGAUUCUUGAUUCCGGAGAGGAACGGAUAAUGCGGCAGGGCGAUGUUAGCGUUAACCGCUCCUCUGCUCACCAGUGGCACAACAUUACUGGCAAUGGAACCAUGCCGGGCCGCAUGCUUUUUAUCUUGCUCGAUUGCAAGCCUGUUGUCAUCAACGGUGUCGCCCUUGGUCAGGAACUCAAUGAGCUACAGCCAUACUAUGAGGGACGUUAG